AGAGACAACAAGCAAACGAGAGAUACAAGUGUUCAACGGCCCUAUCGAUCCCACCGCACCCCAUCGGGCCUUUCAGCAACUUCAAACACAAUUUCUAUGCAAUCCUCGACAGACAGUACGAGUACUAUGGUAGAGCAGCUACAGCUGUUGCCACCGGACUCUGUGUCCUUAUCUCCCACUGAACCCCAAGUACGAGUAGUCUCCCCCCGAUCCCCGAAGAACGGUGUGGAAGGAACACGGUGGGCCGACCACCGGUUCCGCCCGGUACACCUGAACCCCGAAGACUGGAUAGCGCUGGGAUCUACCCUCUCAAWGGCAGAGCUAGUGGACCCCAACAUGAGCUACGACUUUUCAGGCAACAUCGGAGCAAAGUUCUCGGGCCGRUGGCACCUCGAGGAGGACGAAGAUGGCCGCGUUGUCAAGCUGUUCAUCAACCCCUUCGGCUGGGGUGGCAUCUACAACGACGUCUUUGCCAGCAUCGACGACGUGGUUGGACAUAUCCACCGCAAUGAUCCCUUCCAUCUCUCRGAGGAMAUCUCCCGCCUGACUAAGCUCACCUUUUUGGGCCUCUGGAACUGCAGGUCUCUUCCUUCGAGAGGACUCUCGAGCCUUCCGUGCCUCCAGAAGCUGCACCUUGACAACUAYAUGUGCCCGGAGCUCCUCUCCAACUUUCCUUCUAGCAUGAAGCUCAAACACCUUACCGAGCUCGUGGUAGAUUUUAACCUAACGGAACCUCCUGCGCAGUUCCUCGAGUGGAUCACAAACAAAGAUAUGGUGCCGAUGCUGACCGAAAUUGAGUUCGUCCAGACGAAGGAGGAGCACCUCCCCCUCUUGUUGGAUGCACUCCUCGGCGCAGAAAUCGCCUUCCGAGGACAGCUCACCAGCAUUUCUUUUCUCGAAUCRCAAUUCAACGGAGAUAAGCUCGAAACGCUGCUCUUUGACUUUCUGCCGAGAUUUCCCAAUGUGGCGACCCUCAAUGUUGAACAUCUGAAGAUCGAGAGCUUCCGGCCCAUCCUCGAGCGGAUCGAGCAAGGCGAGGCGAAGUCUCCCGUAUCGGGAUCCCUCCGGGACCUUUCCAUCGACGUGAGCCAUAUCCUCGAGCGAAUCAAAACGGUCGCGGAGGAAAAGGAGGCCGUGCUGCGCUUUCUCAAACUCUUUGGGAGGUUAUCUCGCCUCGGGAACGGGCACCCGAGGUGGGACUCCGAUAUCAGGUACGCCCUCAUGAAGAACGCSGCCGGGCGGAGGCUCCUGGAAUCCGGGACCAUAGGCGCUCCAGCCGGUCUCCCGCUUGCGCUGUGGGCCAACGCGAUAGAGAGGGCCUCGAGGCGCGAGUGGUGGGAAGAACGGAACGCACCCGCCACGAAGGUCUUUUACCUKGUCCAGAACGCGCGGGAGAUCGCCAUGGAGGCAUCAGAGCGUUAUACAAAAGAGGGAAAAGCAAGGGAGAGGGAACAGGCGGAAAGGGAAGCCCAUGCGAAACGAAGCCGAUUGUUUUACUGAAGAAGGCCGUCAGUCGCCCGUCACCAUUUUUCUUAUCUUGUCAUAAUAUCUGCACAUCGGGAAUUGAACACAAUCAAUAGCUUAUAAUUCAUAACACUACUGGACGGUUGGUACUAAUUUAAUUCAUAUAUUGUAUGCGAUUCAUUGAAACUUGGAGCGAUUUCUCGAAAUAAUUCUAGAUUUAAGGA